AUGAUUGAAUAAAUUGUAAAGUUGUGUUUGUAGAAUUUACUUGAUUAUUCAGAUGAAAGAAGAUAAAUGAUCUUAGAACUUGAAUGUUGUGCUAAAUUAUAACGUUCUAGAGAUUGUUAAGGUGAGACUAGAAGAUGUUCAUUUUAUAUAAAAAAUUUACUUGAUGUUAAAAGUGAAAGAAUUUAAGAAUUGAAGACAUUAUUAAUGAAUGCAUUAUAGUAUUCUUUCUAAUGGAUAUCAGAUUAAUAAUAUGCUAAUUUAGCUUAGGAUAUUUUAUAAAUAUUUGAUAAACACAACAUUGAUUUUGAAAUUUAGGAUAUAAAUAAUUUUGUAUAAUAUCCAAAGAUAUGUUCAUUAUUAAUACUUAUAGCUGCAAGACAUAAGAGAUAUAUAGAUUGUUCUUAUUUAAUCAUGAAAUUAAAUGAAAUAGAUCAUAUUGAUUUAAGAUUAGUUAUAAAUUCUAUGUUAUAUAUGGAUUUAAGAGAUGAGAUAAUAAUAAAAUAAAUGAUGUAAAUAUGUUUGGAAAAUGAUUAUUUUAAGGAGAUAGAAAUUCUUUUGUUAAAUCCUAAUCCUUAAAAAUAGAUAUUUGAAUAAGCAUUAAAAAUAUUCUCAUAAUGUAAUCAUUAAUGUUGGAUUCAAUCAAUAAUUUAUAUGUAAAUAAAUUAUUAAUUUGAUAAAGAAAAGAUUAAGAAAUAGAUUAUAUAAUUUGAUUAAUUGAAUUAACCUUUAAUAUAAUUAAUAAAUUCAAUAAUUGAUUAAUAAUUAGGAAAUCAAUUAGUUUUAUUAUUAAAUAAAUAUUAAGUAAAUGAAUAUUAUUUUGAUUUAUUAACAAUUUUAUUAUUGAAUGAUAUAUAGGAUGGAAUAGAUUAUAGAGAAUAAUUAAAGAAAAUUCCUGAUGAUUAUUUUGAUAGAGAAAAUGAUUACACUUAAGAUUCAUUAUUUUUAUUAAUAGAAACAUUGUUAGCUUUAAAUAUAGUAGAUUAAAAAUAGAGUUUAGAUAGUAAAUUGGAACAUCAUAUAGAAAAUUGGUCAUUUAAAAAUGAUUCAUGUAAGAGAAUUUGUGA